GUUGACACAAGUAAUGAAAAUAAUUAUGGAUGUGGUUGGUUGCAAGAACUACCCAUGCGCAAUGGGAACGGUUGGGGCGGCAGUCGUGGUAGGACGGUGGUUUUACAUUGAUGACAAUCGAAUCGACCUUGUACGAGGCCAUCGCUCCUCCAUCUCCUCCCGUCGUAUUUUAAGAGGUUGGCACUACAGAGAUCAGCCUGCUGAAGUAUCUACACCACAGGAUUCGGAGAAAAUGAUGAUCGCAGUCAGGCCCAAGUAUUAGGACUUUUCCUGUUUGCGGAUUCACAGGCCACUAAUGGCGUUGCAAAGUUGAGUGGUAUAGUAGUAAGACUGAGCCUAGGCUACAGCGUUUCGUGUAAGAACACGUUCUACAUAAAUACUUUGGUGUGUACUGCAUGCACAGCCCCCGCGAGCCGAUAAAGACUAAUCAAUGGACACGGAUCCUCUUAUCCACGGACAGAAUUUCCAUGUUAGUCUUCCGAGUCUCAAAGUCACAUGUGACGGCUUCGAUAUGUGAAGCGAUGGAUGCUUCAUUGGAUGGUUCCCCGGGAAUGAGUCCAGAAACCCUUCAGACGAUGACUAAGUGAGGGUUAACUAACGUAAUCCACAAUCGCGCGGCCCACCCCCCUACCCGAAGCACCUAAUAUGAUCAAAUUAAAGUCUUUAAAUCAACA